UUAGUCAACGUUAAAUCUGUGAACUAGGACAUUUUGCACACUCAAACAGUGGAUGCUUGGCUUGCGGAUUGAGUUGACCGUUUCUCACUAACGUUAUAAGGAAGUGAUUCAAUCACGGGGAAAUAUAUUUAAGUGUAAUUGCUAUUCUUAAUUAAAUAGGUAUUGCAUGGGGUAACAACCUUGGCAUUUCUAUUCCGCGCGUGGGACAUUCAUUGUAUUAGCUUUUUAGAUAGCAAGAGAUAUGUGAAGGCCUCCCCCUUUUUGUCUAGCUAGCUAAUAAGUAUCAGCGUUACAAUUUAAAUAACUAAAUCAGUGUUAAUUUGGAUCGAGUUUUGUUUUGUUGAAAGUAACUGCUAGCUACAUCGCCGAACUUGGCUAAAUAACGUUAGCUAACGAGCAGUAUUAAUAGCUAACGGUAGCUAAACAAAAUAGUACAAGCUAGUCCCGCUGUUGGUGCCGAACGCUUGUGCUAUGGGCUUGCUGUCACAAGGGUCACCGCUCAACUGGGAAGAAACCAAAAAGUAUGCAGACCAUGUCAGGAAGCAUGGAAUCGUUCAGUUUCUCAACAUCUAUAACAAGGUGAAAGAACGACAGAAGGAUGUAUUGUUAUGGGGCGAUGAGGUGGAAUACAUGUUGAUUGAAAUGGAUGAGAAAAAUGAAAAGGUUCGUCUUGUUCUCAAUGGUGGGGAGGUUUUGGAAACCCUUCAAGACAAAGGUGAAAAGACAAACCCCAAGAGCCAUCCUACCCUUUGGAGGCCAGAGUAUGGCAGCUACAUGAUCGAAGGGACUCCAGGGCAGCCAUACGGUGGGACGAUGUCAGAGUUCAACACAGUGGAGGACAACAUGGGAAAGAGGAGGCGAGAGGCCUCAUCUGUGCUGAAUAAGAAUGAAACCCUUGCCACCAUCACAUCAUUCCCAAGGUUAGGUUGUCCAGGCUUCACCCAGCCAGAGUACAACCCAACACCUGUUGAAAAAGGAGUGUCCAAAUCACUGUUUUUCCCAGAUGAAGCCAUAAACAGACACCCAAGAUUCAGCACCCUGACCAGAAACAUUCGUCACAGAAGAGGAGAGAAGGUAGUGAUCAACGUACCCAUCUUUAAAGACAAGUGCACUCCAUCUCCAUUUGUGGAGAAGUUUCCGGAGGAUGAUGGGGAGGCCGCCAGAGCAGCUCUCCCUGAUCACAUCUACAUGGAUGCCAUGGGCUUUGGAAUGGGCAACUGCUGUCUUCAGGUGACAUUCCAAGCUUGCAGCAUUGAAGAGGCGAGGUACCUUUAUGACCAACUAGCAACAUUCUGCCCCAUAGUGAUGGCCCUCAGUGCUGCUUCGCCGUUUUACAGAGGCUAUGUGUCAAACAUUGAUUGUCGCUGGGGAGUUAUUUCUGCCUCGGUGGAUGACAGGACCGGGGAAGAGAGAGGGCUGGAGCCUUUGAAAAGCAACAAAUUUCGAAUCUUGAAAUCAAGAUAUGAUUCAAUCGACAGCUACCUCUCCAGUUGUGGCGAUAAGUACAAUGACAUAGAUCUGACAAUAGACGAGGAGAUCAACAAAGAGUUGCUGGAUGCAGGGAUCGACAAACUGCUGGCCCAACACAUAGCCCAUCUUUUCAUCCGGGAUCCGCUUUCACUCUUUGAGGAGAAAAUUCACCUGGAUGAUGAAAACGAGUCGGAUCACUUUGAGAAUCUGCAGUCAACCAACUGGCAGACAAUGAGGUUCAAACCUCCUCCUCCAAACUCGGACAUCGGAUGGCGAGUUGAGUUCCGCCCCAUGGAGGUGCAACUUACCGAUUUUGAAAACUCUGCUUACGUUGUUUUCAUCGUCCUGCUCACCAGGGUUAUCCUGUCCUAUAAACUGGACUUUCUCAUCCCCUUGUCAAAGGUUGAUGAAAACAUGAAAGCGGCCCAGGAAAGAAAUGCAGUCCAAGAGGGCAUGUUUUACUUCCGGAAGGACAUCUAUAAAGGCUGUAACCCUGUCCUCGAUAGCUCCUCAGCGGCCCAGAACGGCUUGGACAGUGAGGGUGACAAUUACAUACUGAUGAGCAUUGACACAAUCAUCAAUGGAAAGGAAGGCGUUUUUCAAGGGCUGAUACCAAUCCUUAACUGCUACCUGGAAAACAUGGAGGUGGACGUCGAUACAAGAUGCACCAUCCUGAACUACCUGAAGCUCAUCAAGAGACGCGCCUCAGGUGAACUGAUGACCAUGGCAAAGUGGAUGAGGGAGUUUGUCGACAAGCACACUCAAUACAAGCAAGACAGUGUAAUAACUGACAAAAUAAACUAUGACUUACUCCGCAAGUGUGACAGUAUCGCAAAAGGAGAGGAGCGAUGCCCAGAACUUAUUGGAGACCCAGUCAAUCGGGGCAAAUAAACCAAUUGUCACAGCUGUUAUCAAUUAAUUAAUGUGUUGUCCAUCAUCAAUGAUGCACAUGAGAAGAGAGCCUAAAUAUCUGGCUGAACAAAGAAGUGGUCCAAACUACACUAAACAAAAAUAUAAAUGCAACUUGUAAAGUGUUGGUCCCAUGUUUCAUGAGCUGAAAUAAAAGAUCCCAAAAAUGUUUCGUACGCACAAAAAACAUUUAUCUCGACUUUUGUGCACAAAUUUGUUUACAUCCAUGUUAGUGGGCAUUUCUCCUUUGCCACGAUAAUCCAUCUACUUGACAGGUGUACCUUGUGCUGUGGACAAAAAGAGACCACUGUAAAAUGUGCAGUCAAGUUUUGAGGGAGUGUCAACCAGAGCUGUUGCCAGAGAAUUUAAUGUUAAUUUCUCUACCGUAAGUCAUGUCGUUUAAGAGAAUUUGGCAGUAAGUACAACCGGCCUCAUAACUGUAGACCACGUGUAACCACGCCGGCCCAGGACCUCCGCAUCCGGCUUCUUUGUCUGAGACCAGCCCCCCGGACAGCUGAUGAAACUGUGGGUUUGCCCAACUGAUGAAUUUCUGCAAAAAAACUCAAACCGUCUCAGGGAAACAAAUCUGCGUGCUCGUCUUGACCUGACUGCAGUUCGGCGUCGUAACCAAUUUCAGUAGGCAAAUGCUCACCUUCAAUAGCCACUGGUACGCUGGAGAAGUGUGCUCUUCACGGAUGAAUCCCGCUUUCAACUGUACCGUGCAGACUGUGUAUAUGGCAUCGUGUGUGUGUGAGCGGUUUGCUGAUGUCCACGUUGUGAACAGAGUGCCCCAUGGUGGCGGUGGGGUUAUGGUAUGUGCAGGCAUAAGCUACGGACAACGAACACAAUUACAUUUUAUUGUUGGCAAUUUGAAUGCACAGAGAUACCGUGACGAGAUCCCGAGGCCCAUUAUCGUGCCAUUAAUCCGCCACCAUCACCUCAUUUUUCAGCAUGAUAAUGCACAGACCCAUGUCACAAGGAUCUAUAUGUACACAAUUCCUGGAAGCUGAAAAUAUCCCACUUCUUCAUGGCCUGCAUACUCGCAUGUCAUACAUUGAGCAUGUUUGGGAUGCUCUGGAUCGACGUGUACAACUGCUUGUUCCAGUUCCCGCCAAUAUCCAGCAACUUCGCACAGCCAUUGAAGAGGAGUGGGACAACAUUCCACAUGCCACAAUCAAUAGCCUGAUCAACUAUAUGAAGGAGAUGACGCGCUGAAUGAUGCAUAUGGUGGUCACACCAGAUAGUGACUGGUGUUCUGAUCCACGCCCCUACUUUUAUUAAAAAUGUUUAAGUUAUCUGUGAGCAAAAUAUGCAUAUCUAUUCCCCAUUCGUGAAAUCCAUGUAUUAGGGCUUAAUGAAUUUAUUUAAAUUGACUGAUUUCCUUGUGAACUGUAACUCAGUAAAAUCUGUGAAAUUGUUGCAUUUAUGUUUUUUUUUCAGUGUAAUUGAGUUUUAAUGGAAAACAGAAUUGGUUGUGUGCAUUGCAAAGGUGAAGCCGGUGUAUUGAAGUUGUAUAUACUGUUACAGAUAGACCAUAACAAAAUGCAAUCUGAUGUGUAAUUGGAUAUGUAAAUAUUUUUCUUCUGUUCAUGGUAAAUGUAGUGAACACAAGUUCAUUUUAAUCUUUAAGUGUAAACUGUACUUCCAUCUGCUCUACAAACAUUAACAAAGGUUAUUUCGUUUCCGAAUGUGGUAUAUCUGCAUUUGUCUGAAAUAAUUUUUGCUUUUGUGAGAAAUGUAAAACGAAAAGUGUGAUUUGCUGUGCUGACAUGACAGUAGAACAUUUUAAGAAAGUAGUAUUGCAUUGACGUGAAUGUUAGCAUUUGGUUGGAAUGUCUCAUUGAAUAAAUCUGUGUACAGCACUAA